GCCUACCCAGGGCUCGCUUUACAACCUAUGGAUGUACUGGACGCUUUUCAGUUGGUUUGAGCUCCGGGUGCGGAUGGGUGCAGUGGUCCACCUCCUCUCAGUGACUAUAUGCGCUACGCGGUUGUCUCGCCACUUAAUACUUGUAUGAGGCAAAUGUGAGAGAGACAAGACACUCUUUACGCGUGGAUAGGAUAGUUUCUGACAGGAGACAACCUCUAGUGGAUCUUUAAGGACGUCUUUUUUUUUUUUUUUUUUUUUUUUUUUAAUCCUAGCGACGUGAUACGACGUGGGGAAAGGCAGUGGUCAGCCUGAAGUAAAGGGUCACUGAACUCAGACACUCUCCUUCCAUUAACUCACAACUUCACAAGCAUACGAAGACAAACACACACAGACACAUCUGGACAUCCACACACACCCAUAUUCAUACACACACACACACUCUUGGGUAGACGGUUACAAAGACAGAUUCGUGCACAUACAAAAACCUCACAAUUAGACACAGACCCUCUGAGCAGGAUGAGGGAACCCUGGAGAUGCCUGCUGGGUCUGUGCCUCCUGGCAUGCUCAGCCUUCACCCACAGCGCUACAAAUCCCUUCGCAGGACAGCAGACCCCUUUAGACCCCUGCUAUGAUGACACAGGAGCAGCCCGCCGUUGUAUCCCAGAGUUUAUCAAUGCUGCCUUUGGAAAGGAAGUGAUGGUGUCCAGCGUCUGUGGCCGGCCUCCAUCCCGCUCCUGUAGCGUGGUGGAGCGGGGGGAUGACCGGCCUUCGGUACGUACAUGCCAAAUCUGUGAUGCAGCCGACCCCCGCCGGGCCCACCCUGCUUCCUACCUCACAGACCUCAACUCAGCUCAUAACCUCACAUGCUGGCAGUCGGAGAAUCUGAACACCUCGCCACAUAAUGUUACACUCACGCUUUCUCUUGGUAAAAAAUUUGAGAUCACCUAUGUCAGCCUGCAGUUCUGUUCGCCACGGCCUGAGUCCCUGGCCAUAUAUAAGAGCAUGGACUAUGGCAAGACCUGGAUGCCCUACCAGUUCUACUCCUCUCAGUGUCGGCGUAUGUACAAUCGGCCUAAUAAAGCAACAAUUACGAAGCAAAAUGAGCAGGAGGCUCUUUGCACUGAUGGCCAUACUGACCUCUACCCGCUAUCUGGAGGGCUCAUUGCUUUCAGCACUUUGGAUGGUCGGCCCUCUGGCAAAGACUUUGACAACAGCCCGGUCCUUCAGGACUGGGUAACCGUCACAGACAUCCGUGUGGUCUUUAGUCGACCCCAACUUCCCCGGGAGCUGGGGGCUGGAAGUAACAGUGGAGGGAGGGAUGAUGACCCCGUCGCAGUACCGUCAACACUGCCAACUUAUUUCUAUGCAGUGGGAGACUUCCAGGUGGGCGGGAGGUGUAAAUGCAAUGGCCAUGCCUCACGCUGUUUAAAAGACAAGGAAGGCAAGCUGGUUUGUGACUGCAAACACAACACAGAAGGACCUGAAUGUGACCGAUGCAAGCCCUUUCACUAUGACCGACCGUGGCAGAGAGCCAGCGCCCGUGAGGCCAAUGAGUGUCUGCCUUGUAACUGCAACCUCCACGCUCGUCGCUGUCGAUUCAACAUGGAGUUGUACAAACUCUCAGGGAGGAAGAGCGGAGGCGUUUGCAUGAAUUGUCGCCACAACACGGCAGGACGUCACUGCCACUACUGCAAGGAGGGCUUUUACAGAGACAUGGCCAGACCCAUCACCCACCGACGAGCCUGUAAAGCCUGUGACUGCCACCCUGUGGGAGCAGCAGGCAAGACUUGCAACCAGACCACAGGACAGUGUCCCUGCAAGGACGGGGUCACCGGCAUUACCUGCAACCGCUGCGCCAAGGGUUACCAGCAAAGCCGCUCACCUGUGGCGCCCUGCAUCAAAAUCCCUGUGGUCAACCCCACAGCUGUGGUGAGCAGCACAGAGGAACCAGCAGAUUGUGAAUCCUACUGUAAACCUGUGAAGGGAAAUCUGAAGAUCAACAUGAAGAAAUAUUGCAAGAAAGAUUAUGCGGUCCAAGUCAAUGUUUUGGACAUGGAGACCGUGGGGGACUGGGCCAAGUUCUCCGUUAGCGUGGUGUCCGUGUACAAGAGCCGUGGCGAUCCCCUGAAACGAGGUGACAACAUCCUGUGGGUACACAUGAAGGACCUGGCCUGCAAAUGUCCCAAGAUCCAAAUGAGCAAGCGCUUCCUGGUGAUGGGCGGCAGCGACGGUGGAACGGGUACAGGGACGGGUCCUGGGGUCGGGCCCGGCAGUGGAGCCACUAAUACAGGUGCGGAGCGUGUGGGCCUGGUGGCUGAUAAGAACAGCCUGGUGAUCCAGUGGAGGGACGUUUGGACGAGGCGCCUGAGGAAGUUCCAGCGCAAAGAGAAGAAAGGGAAGUGCAGCAAAGCGUGAUGGGAAGCAGCGCCCAUCCCUACCUCUCCCUCUUACCUCCAUGAACCCUGACCCAGUGAUCUCCCUCCUGGCACGAUGGGACACCUGUUUUCCUCCCCUGAACCCUUUGUCCUCCCCGUCACAAAAACACUGCACAUUACAAAGACUGCAUGUACCCUACCUUUUUUAAGGACCACAUUUUGUGUAUAUUGUAUAAUUAUUUUCCUUUUUAUUUUUCAAGUUUUGUCAUUGUAAUGUCACUUGUCUUUUUUUUGUCCAAUUGGUUUGCCUUAAAAAGGGACCAUUAAAAAGGGUAUGAAGUGUCGACAAAAACGCCAUUCCCUCCCUUCACGACGACAGCGGAAAUGUCCACUCUUCCCCCAGAUACACCCCCUCCCUUCCGUCGACCCCACCUCUUGUCAAGACUGUCUUCUGCCACUUUGUUGAAGUACUCACAUAUAAGACUGCUCACACUUACCAUUCUUCACUGAGGAUUGUAUUCAACAGUGCUUGUCACUUUAGAGAAAAUGACUGAUUUCAGCAACAUACAUGCAACCUGUCUAAAGACAAGCUGCACUUCCGUAGCAUGGGUUGCCUCACGUUUCGUUAUUGAAACAGAUAACUCGACCUGGGUCAGCACAAGCUGAGCCACAUGAGAACCUUUCAACAUUUGCUGUUAAAAUGUUCACAGUAUGGGCCUACUUGCUCCAGGUCUCUGCAGUAACUGACGCGGAUCACAAUUCGCUGUAACUAAAAACACUCGUCCCGUGAGGAACCAAGGGCUCCCUUUGCAGGGACAUUUUUCCACCGCAAACCUCAGUCUUACCACCACUGCUGCUGCCACCAGACAGCCCUCACAGAAUAUACUGCUCAUGUAGGCUCUCAUAUCUGCAAGUAUUUAAUGCCACUGUUCAACAUAGAUUGUGUAUUCAUUGUGUGGCUCUUUGUUAUCUCAUUCAUAUCCCAGUUCUGUAAUUGUUUGAGAUAUACAGUACCUUUGUGUUUCCUUUAAACAGAACAAACCCUUUUGACAUGUGUGAGUCACAUCGCAGGCCUCCGGGGCUGUGCCUCUUCACCACUAGUCCCUCUCAUGAGUGGAUUAUAAAGUCAUGUAUCACCAUCAUGACUCAUUGCUUGUCACUUUUUCUGGAAGAAAGAUUAAGCAGUGUGGACAAAUGGCUGGAAUUUCAGAACAAUACCAACCUUUCCAUGAAGACUUUUUGCUUCAUGGUUAAUGUCUUCUGCUGGGUAGUGGCCUCUCAGAUGUUGUGUGUAGCCAAUGUAAUUUCUCUGUCUUUAAAUAUCAGAAUUUUUUGAUGUGUCUAGUGACUGGCAGACUUUUGUUUGUCAAAAUAAGAGAUUGAAACGAGAGUUCCUUUUUCAUGCAGUAAAAAGAAAACAAAGUGGGAUAAACAACGUAGUCUGGUUUUCUCUAGUAUAUUUUGACAAAAUGAAUGAGGCUGGAAAGUUUUUAGUGCUCACUGAUUGUAUUAUGACAUGAGAAUAUCGUAUUUCAUUCCUCAUGAACUUUGUUAUGUUUGCAUGUUUGUGGUUUUUGCUGGUCCAUCAAAACCAUACAGUGAGCAGAGCAAGAACUAAACCAAUAUGAGCAUCAAGAUCCAAAGGAAAACUUCCCAAGUCAUCUUCCCCCACUUGCCUACUCUAACGCAGUCCCUGUCAUCCUUUGCCAAAUAAGCAUAGUCCGUUUUUAAAUUCAAUUAAGAGACUAUGGAAGUCAGGACCGACGAAAACCACAGAGAGACCCAUCUGGUUGCUCUCAGGCUUUUUAUCUGCCUUUUGCUGUUAUUUCAUUUUGUUAAGCGCAUUACAAUUUAUUUAAAUAGAGUACAAGAUAAACAUGCAGUUUUGAGGAGCAUGUCAGGCUAGUGCAGCAAUGAGUGUGCCGACAGGCAUGUCAUGCUAGCUGGUGGUUACGCUCCUCUGGCUGUGGCCGAAUGUUUGGUUUGUCUUUCCUCCAGAAGUGUCUCUCCUCUGCUCUGUUCUCUGUGUCAGCCACCACCCUCUCCAGACUCCUGUUUUAACCCAUUUUGCAUGUUGUGUAUUCAGUGUCUUAGAUAAGUGACAGCACAGAACGAGGCUGCCAAAAGUCCUCAACGGUAUACUGUACUGCACUGUGUGUGUGUUUGUCUGUUUUUGUUUUUUUUUACGUCUUCCAAGAAUGUACGUCAAACUGUGAAGAACACGCUCACACAGGAGUCUGAUUGUAAGUGUUUAUCAACAGGCUGAAGAAUGUGGAAAAUAUGAUGCUACUAUAAACUCUGAACAGGUCUGGAUGUUCAAAUUCAUCUGUGUAUUAUUGACUUUUAAUUAUUUAAUCCAAAAAAACAACCAGCAACCAAAAUGAGUUAUCACCCACCACAAUAUCUGGUGUGUGACCAAAAAGCAACCUAGACAAAACAAGCAUUUAAGUUUUGGCAACGCUACACCAAGGGCUCGAUUCCCAUAGGUAGAAUUUCACAAAAAUGCAGAACCAAACAGUCAAUUAUUUGUGUGUUGGCCGUCCACAGCGGCCUGUCAGACAGGUGCUGUUACAGUAGCACCAGUCUCCUCGCCCUGGUAUGUGAGAAUGGCGCAACACAUUAUGAUGGAUGGUCAAGUUACGUGCCUGUGAGGCUUUUCUGGCCCUCAGCUUUUUAAACACCAACGUACUAACAGAGGAACUGUGACGUCACUGCCGCCCUCUCAGUCCACUCUAAAUCUGGGCUUUAUUUAACGUAGGAUCACAAAUCCCUUUCUCUCUACUGGCUCUCCGUUUUCCUUUUUCUCCCACCCUGAAUGUUGGAAAAAGAUAAGAGUUUAGAGUGAGCCAGAUGUUGUUUGGGGGUCUCUUGUGAAAGCUAUUUAGUAAGCCACAUAGUGAGAGCCAUCCUGUUGUUUUACGUUAACAAGCCUAGCAACUUGGCAGUGGAACUGAGGCCAUAACUGCUUGCUUUGUUUCCCCCUUUGCAGCAUUUAUAACAUUUACAGGUGUGUGUGUUUAAUUAACCUACCAGAGUAAACAAGUGAUAUUCUUAUGAAGUGAAGGAGACAUGAGAGGGUUUUCAUUGGAAGGGCAGACUUUUGGGGGACAUUGUUUCUGUGUUUUGACACUGUUUCAUGUUCGUGUAGAUGUGUCUGAUGAAGAAUUAUCAUAUACAUGUCUGGUCUAAUUCCCAUGUUUUCUGUUUCACUUGUAGACGUUUGCCUUGUUUAAUAAGUCUUGACUCAUAUGCAUUGUAAAUAUGUACUGAACUGCUUCUACCAUUUAUGUUGUCUUUGUAAAGCGUUACUUGGCCUGGGAUGACUCACGUGUACGGAUGUACAAACCAGAUGAUGUUAUAUGGAUGUAGAAACCAGAAACAUAUGCUUUUGUGAUCACAACCAGAAGAUGUGGUUCAGAUAUUACGCCAGAAUGUAUUCUUUUUUUGGUUUUAUGUUGUUUCCAGACAACAACCACCCCAAUUAUUAAUGACUUUGAGGAGAUUUGAGUAAAAUGCGACAGGGGCUAAUCUGGUCCUCUGCUUUUCCCAUACAAGUACAGACGGACACAACAACCCACGAUGUUGUUACACUAUCCAUGGAAAUUAUGGUUCACUCGCAAAAAUGAUCCACCUACCUUUCUUGGGGAACAAAGGGAUACUUCCCCCAGCUCAGAAAUGCUCUUCACUUCUGUUAUAUCAAAGUCUUUCUUGUACAUUUUCCUCCGAGGCAAUGAACCACUGACUUUUUAAUCUAAAUGAUAAAAAAAAUAAAUUAUUAGUUAAUGAGC